UUUUAUCAGUUUUAAAAUAGGUGUUUAAAUGUUCAAUUCCCUAGUUUUUUCUCUAAAACCAAUGUUGAUUAUGUUCGACUUAAAACUCGAAAAUUGAGGGAUGAAUUGCUCUUCAUAACUCAUACAGUCAUACCUAGGUGUUUUUCUUACGGAAAUUAGUUACUAUAUAUUAAUCAAAGUAACUAAUAACAUUGAUUAUAUAAUAUAGUGUAUAUAAUCAAUGCUAAUAAGUCUUAAUUUUUAUUCAAUCGUCAAAAAAUUACUAAUAUAUAAUAUAACGUAUAAAAAUAUAGCGGCUGACAAAACCGCUUACGCAUAAAAUCGUUUUUAGUACCUUUUCAAACUUGACAUGAUUUAUCAUGGAAUACAAUUCAUUAAACCCGUUCAUUAAAGACUUAUUCACGUAAUUCAUUAUUGUCUUUAUUUAAUAACGAAGUGUACCCUUAGGCAAUAGGCAUGCGCAAGGGAAAAAACGAUAUUUUUGGGGACAUUGAACAUACGAAGGUACAAAUGUAAUUGCCAUUUUAAUGGCGACUAAUGAUAAUUUUACAUUAUACAUUAUUGCCCAAUCGCGUAGUUAAAAUAUUAUAUUUUUUUUCCACGAUUAUCAAAAUAUCAUGUUAAUGGGCUAGUGCGUCUUGAGGUUUUCCAGAUUGGACAGUGAAAACGUUAGAACACAGAGUAGAUGAAAAUUUCAUCAGCUAUAACAUUAUUUAACAUAUGGUACUCAGAGGCGCUAGCAGAAAAUUGGCAAACCUAACCUGGGCUUACCCUGUCAGUUUUCGCAAUAACAUUUUGGUAAAAUAACGACGAUCAAAAAAUUGUGCAAUGGGUAAUGUAAUAAAUGGGGCAUUAAUGACCGCCGUAAUUUAAUAAAACACAAUAAUAAAAUAGAUAUCUAUGUUUACAAUGAUAAAAAUAUGUAACUAAAAACUUAAAAAGAAAAUAACUAAUUAUUUGCAAAAUAUUAGAAUGAUUUUUUUUUUGUUGAUUAAAAAAUCUCAGUGGGUGCAAUGGCCAGGAGCACGAUUUAAGAUAUACCUUAAGAUACUUUAAGAUAUAUCUUAAAUCGUGGCCAGGAGUGUGAUCAGAGUUUCGAGUUUCGCCCAUUUGAUCAUGCUUAUCAGUUAUAAUUCUUAUCAGGUGAAGAACUGAUCCCGUCGGCAAUCACUGACCACUUAAGCUUGUAAAUAAUAACUAUUAAACUAUAAUUAAUAAAAGUUCUGCCUAAGUAGUCUACAGGUCUACAUCAUAGAUUAAACUACGCUCUAGUGCAUACCUACUGCAGUUUACUUCCAACGAGCAACAACUUGCUAAUUGCCUGUUAAUUAUUUAUUUCGUUCUUUUUAUUUCCAAUCAAUAAACUUGUAAUUAGUAAAUACCUAAUAGGUUUUGUUUAAAAAUUGUGUUACCCAAGCUAUGUGAUUGUUACAAUGGGCUGUGUUUACAGCAGCAGAAAAACUUUACCACCGUUUUUCUUCAAAGUUAUAAAUAUAGAUGACAAUGGCAAAGAGAAAUACCAUGGCCAAAUGGAAGUCGCCACUUGCAAUCUUAUAUUGCAUAAAAGUGGAGAACCGUCCAUUAUUUGGCCGUUAAGCACGAUUCGACGUUAUGGAUAUGAAGAUUUCAUGUUUUGCUUUGAGGCCGGCCGCUCGUCUCCUUUUGGCCAAGGCAUAUUUGCAUUCAGAAGUAAAGACGCAAAAAAUAUUUUUAAUGCUGUCAAAGAUAAAUUACAGAUUGAGAGUGGAGCAGAUGUAGUUAAAGAUAUAACUUCUGAAGUACGUAAUUAUUCCAGUCAGUCAUGCACAAGUACACAUACAAUUGAAAAAGUUUAUGAUGAAUUUAGUUUCAAUGGACUAAGGUUUAGUAGCGAGUUGAACAAUAUCAUCCAACCUCCAGAUCUCAUGCUAGACCCAGAUACUGCAUUUUUACCAAGAAGUUCUUAUGUGAACAUGCUGAAUGACAAUGAAGAAGAAGAUGAUUUAUUUAAUGAUCCUUUUGAGUUACCUAAAGAUACUCCCACGUACACAGAAGUUGAAAUAGCUGUUUGCACGCCUAAAAGGAAGAGCGAAUCACUGCCUACUUCCCCUACAGAUAUACCGAGUUAUACAGCAAUUGAUUUCAAUCAAACAAUGCAUUUAAGUCAAAAAAUGCUUAGAGGUAGUGAAGAUGCUGGGAUCAGGAAAACUAGACAUGAUUCUACAAUGAGCAAUCCUUAAUAAUAUUAUUAGAAUCAACACAAUUUGGAGACUGCUUAUAAAUGUAUCCAACCAGAUUUGUUGCACCAGAAUAUUUAUGAUGAUCUUUAAUCACUCGUUUAUUUGUCUAAGUAUAUUUUUUGAUUCGUGUUAAAUAAUUUUUCUUUCUGCAUUUAUAUUGCUCAGUGCUUUUUUUUUAGAGAGAUAUGUCUAGAACAAAAUUAGUGUUUAGUUGUGUUAAGAUAAAUAAAGUUUAUAUUUUAAAAUCACAAGGAAUAUAAUAAUUCCUAAUAACAUUAUCGGCUGUUAAUGUUUACAGUGUAUUUAUUUAAUAAUAAUGCCAAAGCUAAUGUGAUGUGUUGUUUUCAAUAACACAGUUUUUUUUUUUUUUUAAGUUACUAAUAUUUAUACAUUUUGUCAUAUACUCAAAAUAACUACUGUUAUAUUAUUUUAGUAGUCUACGAUCUGUUCAUUAUAAACUGAUUUGUCAAAUAAUUUGUACAAAUGUUAACAUUAUUUGUCUCAGUCUAUUAUUUUGUGCCAUACGCAUUCCUCAAGGUUGUUCAGACUGAAUAUUUUUCUUUGUUAAAACAUUGUUUAUUGAAUAUUGAAUUAGUAUUUUUAACCAUAAAUAUUGUUAUAAAAUUAUAGUGUCAAAAAUAUAUAAUAUUAUAUGUCAAAUAAAAUGUGUAGGUAUCUAUUUAAUUUGUAAUAAGAAAACAAUUUGAAUAUUUCAAAUAUUUCAAAUAAUAAUUUAUAAAAAAUGUAGUUUUUUACAAUACACAAUUAAUACCAUAGAAUUAAUGUUAUUGCAUAUUUACAUGAUAUAAUUAAAAAACUGAUUGUGUAAUAUGAAAAAAAAACUGAUUUGGUAGAUUAGUCAUCAUUCAUGAUUAAAUGCCAUAUUAUUCAUUAGUUGUUAUUGAUUAUUAUAGAUUUAUAAGAGAUGAUUAUAAAUAUUUUUAAUCAGGAACUAUGAUUAUAUUAUGACUCAUACUAAUUAGUACUCAUAGUUCGUAUUAGUGAAAAGUAUUUAUUUUUUAACUUUUUAUAAAUCAAAUAUUUAUAAUCCAUAUAUUAAGUUUAACAUGUUAACUCGUUUUUGUAAAUUUAUAAAUAAUUAGUAUUCUUAUCAAUUAUGUAGUCUUUAAUACUAUACUAUAACUAUACUUAUAGUUAUCAGUUAGGUACUAAUAUCUUGUAAAUAUUAUUACAAGGACAAUUAAAUAUAUUUUGUCUGUAGACCGUAAUAUAUAUUUUUUUCACAGAAUCUAAACCACUUGAUUCUUUUUUAUUAAGACUUAUUAAUUACCAUACUAAAACAAUAAAACUUAUUCAUGAUUUUAAAUUAUAAAUCCUGAACAUUAUUAUUAUCUCAUUUCAUUCUUGUUGGAAAUCUGUUUAUAUUUGAUCAACGGCAGACCUAUAUCUAAUUAUAGUCUGAUCAAAAGAUUAUUGUCAAACAGUAAAUGCUUAGAUACUAGUUUAAAGUCUAAUUGUCAUUUGUAUAACUUACUGAACUCUGAAUAAUUGGUUUGUUAUAAUAUGGAUUUAGUCUAUCAUAUUGUAUUUCAAGUAAUUGUCUUAUAAUGCGCUGGCUUAAAGUUAAUUGAAAAGCUGUUUUAGCAUAGUAUUAUAAAAAAAUAGUGUACUUACUCAUAAUUAAUAACUCAUUAUACACUGACUUUAGUUACAUUGCAUGUUAAAUAUUACACAAUUAUUUUGCCAAGAGUAUGCAACCUAGUGUUAUGGCUUCUUGUUUUUGGUUUCAACUUCAUUUGAUUUAUUUAUCAGUUAGCUGGAAUCUGGGACACUGGUUCACAUUACAUUGUAGUAAAUUUAAUUAACAGAUUUCAAUUCAACAAAUUAAAUGAAUACUAUUUUUAUUCACAUUAAAAAUAAUACUAUCUAUUGAAGUGUUGUUUAGAUUUUUUAGUACUAUCACAUAAAAAUGCAAUGUAUUUUUUUUUUAUUCAUCAUUUGAUUAUGAAUUUUUUUUUUUAAAAAUAAAAACAAUUGAUUAAUAAAAAAGUAAUAAUUAAAA